GUUAUCACAAUCGGCAUCAGGUCAUUUGGUGAGAUUAUCUUUGUGGUUGGGGGCAACUAUUUGAGACUAAAAAUUGUUUCGUUUGUAGGAAUUUGACUUACCUGUAUCUACUCCGAAACAGCCACCAAUUAAUUAGUUAUUUAUUUUAAAUUGGUUUGUGCACUACACUGCGGUAGGCACCCAGAGUGCAGUAGUGCAGAUUGUGUACAGUGUUGUAGCUUAUGAGCGACGAGGAGGACACUAGAGAGGACGACCGGAUCUUGCGAUCGGCAAGGCGCUCAGUUGCCCAUUUGGCAUUAGGUCUAGAGGGUGACAAAUAUCUUUUCCGCCGGCGAAGGGAGAGGCAGCAGCAGCAAAGGAGAGCUAGGGCUGAAGAGGCAAGCAGAGCAUUCGUAAGUGAAGCCGCAGCUUCAGCAAUCAUGGCCACUUAUGCGCAACAGAGUUCCCAGGCUAGUAGUUCAAAAUCUGUAGGGUCAACGGUCGCGCGGACCCUGAGUCAGUCCACUGGCGUAAUGGCAAGCCAGCCAAUAGUGUUGACUUCCGACGAGAUCUCCAUACUACCAGCAGCAUUGCAGGAGGCACAACUACAGAAGGCAUUAGGAGAGAUAAAAGCGGAGAAAGAAAGGAUGAUUAGAAGAAGAGCUAGGAUGCAGCGGAGACAAGCGGACGUUAGUGAGCUAGACGAGAUGGAGCUGACGCACGUGACUGAUGAUGUGAGGACCAUACGGUCUGUCCUGCUAAAUGUAGUUGAAAUGCAGGACCAUCAGACAACCAUCCUUCAGGACAUUCAACAAAGUAUCGCCAUGUUGGUUGGGCGAACGCAGGCAGUUUUACUCACCUCCUACCUGAGAUGCUUUCCAAUGCCUCUCAGGAAUCAGUUGGCAGGUGAGGCCAACAUCAAUGUUCACAACUUUCCCUCGUUCAACAAGAAGGCCCUAGACCUGGAGGCGAAGAUAGGGCAUGGACAUAAUCCCACAACGGACAGUAGGAAGAAAACACUGCCUCCCAACUGGAAGGCGAAGGGCUGCAUUAUGUUUGUCGAUAACGAUGGUUCAACCAUCGAGUUAGACGACAACUUCCAGGAGGGAGUAGGUUCAAAGGCUGGCAGCAGAGAAACUUCAGAGGGUGGAGUAGUUGCUGCCGUAGCUCAGAAAGGCGAGCCGGUGAAAAUGCUGCUGGAGAUAGAGGGAGUAGUUGCCAAGUACCCUGAUCUAUUUGAAGAGCCGACAGGGGUUGUAGAGAGGGAGGUUGUCCACGCGAUAGAGAUUAUCCCAGGGUUUAGCAUCCCGAAGGGUAGGAUCUAUCGGAUGUUCGUGGAGACUUGUCAAGUCUGUCAGAGGGACAAGCCACGUACGCUGGCUCCUCUUGGGCUCCUGAAGCCCCUUCUGAUUCUCGAAUGGCCUGGUGAGAGCUUGUCCAUGGACUUCAUGGAUACACUGGUCACCAACAAGAGUGGGAUGAGAUACAUCUUCGUUAUCGUGGAUAGAUUUAGUAAGUAUGGUAGGUUAGUAGCAAUGUCGAAAACAGCAAGGACGGAGUAUGUGAUCAGAAUGUUCAAAGAGAAUUGGGUCAGGGAUUUUGGUUUACCGAAGUCCAUUAUCAGUGACAGGGAUGUCCGAUUUACCAGCGAGUUGUGGAAGGCCGCCGCUGCGGAACAGGGAACAUAGUUGCAAAUGACUUCUGGGAACCACCCAGAGGCCAAUGGCCAAGCCGAGCAACUGAACCGCGCUGUUCAACACCUGUUGAGGCAUUACGUCAAGCCCAACCAGGUGGACUGGGAUGAGAAGCUUGCUCUCAUCGCCAGUCUGUACAAAUAAUGUUGUACACAGCACCAUCAGGGUGAGCCCAAACAGUUUGCUAUCGACUUUCAAGCCUAGACUAUCCUUAGAUUUUCUCCUUCCUGAGAAUCAGUCAACUGCUGCACCAGGUACUUCAGAAUUUGCUUACCGGUACGAACAGAAGAUGAAGCAGGCUGUAGAACAGAUGCAGAAGGCACAAGCGGCUAUGAUAGAAUCAGUGAACAAACACCACCGCAAGUC